GGUCAUAACCAAAGGUAGCUCAAAUUGUAUAAUCAUAAUUAAUGAAAAGAGUUUUUUUUUGUCAACUUGAAAAGAGUUUCUUUUAAAACAGUAAAAGCAAUGUGUAUUGUAUAAAUUAGAAUUAAUGUGAAUAAAUGUCAGGUUUCUUCCUUAAAUAAAAAGUUCCCCACCACUUGUACUGGUACACAUAAACAAACAAAGAAACAAAUUUUCAAUUUUCCCACUUAUCAUAUUUGAUACUGAUAUUCAAUUUACACCAAUCAGUAAAGAAAAGAGAAGUCUUACACCAAACGAGUCCCACCGAUCAAGAAAUUUAGAAAAAAAUAGAUUAAAAUAAAUAUAAAGAGACUUAGAAAUGUCACCGAACUUUCAUUUUACUCUCUCUCUCUCUCUCUCUGUUCUCCAUUUUUUCUCCUUGGCUGACCUCUCUCAUCCUCUGCUUAACUAUCAAUUGUUUUUUUCACAAAUCUUUGAAACAAAUCUCAUAUUCUUCAAAGUUUAUGCUUAUCUUCCUAUUAGAGAAUGAGCUUGUUCUUCUAGUUAAUGGAUCUAUCAGCUCGUCGUAAUAUCCUCCGGGAUCUGAACUUUACUCCGCCGCCACCACCACCACCACCACCAAUGACUGUUUUCCACCGUGUGAGCUCGACGGGGACGAACUUUCCGAUCAUAGCCGUCGCCGUGAUUGGAAUCUUAGCCACAGCUUUCUUACUUGUAAGCUAUUACGUUUUCGUUAUCAAAUGCUGUCUGAACUGGCAUCGAAUCGACAUUCUUGGUAGAUUCUCACUAUCCCGACGUCAACGCAACGACCAUGGUCCUCCUACAAGGCUUUACUCUCCGAGGAUAAAACGCGGUCUCGAUGAAUCCGUCAUUAGAGCAAUCCCUAUUUUAAAAUUCAAGAAGAGGAGAGAUGGAGAAGAGAAUACUUGUCAAGAAUGCUCUGUUUGUUUGAAUGAGUUUCAAGAAGAGGAGAAGCUGAGGAUUAUCCCACACUGUAGUCAUUUGUUUCAUAUCGACUGCAUCGAUAUUUGGCUUCAGAACAAUGCCAAUUGCCCUUUGUGUAGAACUAGGGUUUCUUGCGGCACAAGUUUCCCUCCCGAUCCGGUUUCUGCUCCAAGUAGUUCCCCAGAUAAUGCGGUAUUGGGGUCAGACACCGGCGAAAAUGAGUAUGUUGUCAUCGAGCUAGGUGAUAGCAUCAGUAGUGACAGAGAUAGUCCAAGAAGCGGAAGGAUACGUGUGGUACAAGAAAGAUCGAAUUCAGGUCACCUACUGAACCAAAGUUCGAUAAGUCAAUCUCCUAGGAAGCUUAACAGAGGAGAGUUUCAGAGAAAAGGAAGAAAGCUUCACAAAGUCACCAGUAUGGGAGACGAAUGUAUCGACAUUAGAAGAGACAAAGAUGAGCAGUUUGGUAGUGUUCAACCCAUCAGAAGAUCGAUCUCGAUGGAUUCGUCUGCAGAUAGACAGCUGUAUUUGGCUGUUCAAGAGGCGAUUAUUAUCCGGAAAAAUCAGGAAAUUCCGGUGGUAGGAGAAGGAGCUGGAGAGUGUAGCAGUAGUAGCAACAAAAUGAAGAGAUCCUUCUUCUCUUUUGGGAGUAGUAGACGUUCUAGAAGUUCUUCCAUAUUGCCUCUCUAUUUUGAACCCUAAUGGACCACUUUGCUUCUUUGUUUUCUUUUUCUUGUUUCUUCCUAACAUUUGCUUUUUAUUUUUAUUGUUUGGUCGGUGAGGUAGGUGAAGACUACAGGCCUGGUUUUGGAUUUUAGAGGUCAAAAGAGUAAAUGAGUUGUAUUGUGAAAUUAUUGGACUUUUUUAAGUUUGGAAAACUAAAAUCUCAUUUUGCCAAUGAACGAAUAUGAACAUACUUUUGGUGUUA